UCAACCUCAAGAUCACUCUUAACAGAGCUGCACCCUUCUUCUGAUGUCUCUUCCUUGGUCAAAAUAGGCGAUCUUGGUCUUGCAAGAAUGCUCCGGGACUGCCAUGCUGCCACUAGUGUCAUCGGCACUCCCGAGUUCAUGGCUCCCGAACUAUACGAGGAGAACUAUAAUGAACUCAUUGACGUUUAUUCCUUUGGUAUGUGCUUUUUGGAGAUGAUCACCUCUGAGUUCCCAUAUAGUGAAUGCAACAAUCCAGCGCAGAUAUACAAGAAAGUUGUCGCGGGAAAGCUACCAGGAGCCUUUUAUAGAGUUGAAGACAUCGAGGCACAGAGAUUCAUCGGGAAGUGCCUUGUGCCUGCCUCAAUGAGAGUAUCAGCAAGAGAGCUAUUGCAAGAUCCGUUUCUCGCGUCUGACGAGUCGUGGAUGGUGUACGCGAGUGGUGCUAGGAAUCUGAAGCCCUUCUUGAACGAGAAUGAAAUGGAUAGAUUGAAGUUGGAAGACGAUGAAACUGGGGAGCUGGACUCUGAAGAUAACAAAUUCUAUUUGAAGUUACCAAUCGCAAAUGAAAAUGGUCUAGCAAAGAACGUGUCCUUCUGCUUUGACAUCAUGAAUGAUACUUCCAUUGAUGUAGCAACGGAGAUGGUGAAAGAACUGGAGAUCACAGAAUGGGAUCCGGUGGAGAUUGCUAAAAUGAUUGAUGGAGAGAUCUCUUCUCUGGUCCCUGGUUGGAGGUCGGAGGAAGAUGAUGAAUCUCCUCAUGAUUAUCAUACUCCUUUUCACUCUUCUUCCUCGCAUUCAUCCUCUCGAGCUUCACUCUCUAACUAUAUGGCUCCAGGCCGUCAAGAUUGGCUACAAGAUGAUUUUCACGAUGAGAAGUAUUCUCAGAGUUCUUCAAAUUCAGGGUCUUACUCCAACCUCAACUACAUAUCUGUAGAUGAGCACAUCUCCCUAGCUCCCCAACCUCCUCCUAUGAACAGAACUCACAACGUGACAAGGUUUUGCCCUGAAGAAAGCUAUCAUCUCCAUUCAGGACAAGCCAGCAUGUAUGCAGCUUCUAGUAAUAAUAAUAAAUCCAUUGAAAAGUAG